CUCUGAAAGAUGUCGCGCGUUACAGGAGAUGAUCUUCCGCCUGAGAUACUGUCGCGUAUUCUCGACAGUGUCACGCCAGUCAAUAUCAGCCCGAACUUGGCCGAACGUCGCCGGUCAAAACACGAGCUCGUCGGAUCCAGCCUCGUAUGCAAGCACUGGUCCGAAGCCAUCAGACCUAUCCUCUUCCAAAUACUCGAGUUGCGCAGCGCCGAAGACGUACGGUUCCUCAAGAACAUCGUCAUCAGUCCCACUUUCGCGACCUCAUCUCUGUCCAAGGCCAUUCGGCAGAUAGAUAUCUACCAAGAAGCUACAGAGGCGAAAUCUUGGCUUCACCAUGUCCACGGACUUACAACCCGUCUCCGGGACACAAGAUUCAACUGUACCGUCGUGAGCCCUGCGGGCGAUACUGUAUCUGCACCCUGCCGUUGGGCCCCAUUUCAAUUGAUACCCAAUGUCACUCCAUCCUACGUCAGACUCUCAGGGCUUACCCUCCAAGGCGUUAUAUUCACGACCACGACCGAGCUCGCACGGCUCAUCGACAGCUUCUCCACGCUCGAGUAUUGCACCUGCGACCAACUCACCUUCCUUGACUCGUCGCCAGUUGUCCAGUCACGCAGAGCCCGCCGACGUCCUUCAUCGGCCCUCUGGAUGUGCGAUAUCUCGCGGUGUAAGGAUAUGGCGCUCUCUGACCAAGCGGCGCUGGCUGCUGACAUCCUUGCGGUUGGUCCAAGUCGUCGCAUGGGCGUUGACGACCGCGCAUGGGAUGCGACUCUUCAAGCGUUGUUUGCAUUGGUACCAAACACAUUCGAAGCGGCGCCUGUGUCGCUUCAUGAUUGGAACGGCAGUAUGUUUGGCACGGCGAUAAUCUCGGGCCAUUCAUGUAAUCAAGAUGGGUCUAUGGGCGAUUAUCUCAGAGCCAAAAUUGAGGUUUGCCGACCGAGUGUGGGCCAGGAUGCGGGAUCUCCAUUCGCGCAUGUCGAGAGCAUCGCUCUCCAACUCUCAUUCGAGGAUGUCGAAGCCGUGGAUGCCCUUGAUUGGGACGCCUUUCGAGCCGUCGUUGAUUCCCCGCCCAUGCACUACCUUCGUAUCCACUAUUUCCAGCAACGAAACAAAGAUUUCCAGACGGCAAAGAGAAUCCUGUGCUCUGUGCUGCGCCGCACGCAGCUGACCUGGGCUCUCGAGUCAGAUAAACUGCAGUUCGGGUGCCACCUUAGUGAUCCCACCACGAGUGCAGAUAUCUCGUCGGUACCGGCGGAACACACCAUCGACGACACCACAAUCACCCUUGACAUCGCCGAACAAGCCGAGUGGUUGCUGCGCCCUGUCCGGCCGCCCUUUUUGGCAGAUGGCACUACAAGAGAGGAAUACCUACGACAGCUCGUAGCCGCGCGUGCGAGCGGAGCACCCGCGGACUCGGGCUCAGACGUCGCGCCACCCACCGCGGGUAAUACUCAGCACACGGCGCUCGAGCAGACCCAUGAGGUAGCAGACGACAGUGCGCAAGGACUCAGAGUGCACGAGGGAGUGGGCGGCGGAGGCGAGGAGGACCUGGCAACGGAGACGUAGGGCGGGCGUGGACGUCGAGCGGUAGCAGGGCGCACUGUCGGGCGAGUGGACGAACUUUGGAGUAGGGACGGGGCGUGGCCAGAAGCAUCGCCCGCUGCAGGGAGCCUAGGGUGUCGCGUCGGAGUCGGAGAAGAUUGAGGAUGAAGAGAAGCGAGGGAGCAAUGGGGCAGAGAAGAGCCGUGAGCCGGCGAAGAUUCUCCCCAGGUGCGGAGAAAGAUGGUUAGGGCAGUUGCACUGAGGUCGGACACUUAAGUUGCGGGCGUUAUCGACAGAACGCUGCGAAUGCGCGGGCGGUUUUCGUGUAUCGGAACAUUUGCUUUGCUCUAUCGACUUUGUGUAUAUUUCCUGUCUUUAUGGGACGGCGUUGCGUACGAUCUCUGGAUUCGACCACUUGUUCUUCAUGUUUCUGGUCUAGAUCUUUCAAAGAGCACCCAUACAUUUCGCUCGGCCUUCUCACUUCACUAGCUUCACUUUGUGAUUCCUUAUGUCAUUGCCUAUUUCGAGUCCGUUU